GCCAGCAGAGGGCGGGGCCUGCCCAUAGGACACUCCCCAACAACAGGGCAGGUCUACGGGUAUGUCUACACCACCCACCGGUAGUCUGGAUGCGAUAAAUCGACCCCCAAGCGCUCUCCCGUCGACUUCUGUACUCCACCGCUGCGAGAGGUGCAAGUGGAGUCGACGGGGGAGCAGCAACAGUCGACUCACCACAGUGAAGACACCACAGUAAGUCGAUCUAAGUAAGUCGACUUCAGCUACAGUUAUUCACAUAACUAAAGCUGCUUAACUUAGAUCAAUCCCCCCUUCCCCCCAGUGUAAACCAGGGCUACACUACACCCCUCCGCAGUGUAGACCCUGCAGUAACUCGACCUAAGCUACGUCAGCACUAGCUACGGUAUUCACACAGCUGGAGUGGCGCAGCGUAGGUCGAUUUACCGCGGCAGUGUAGACAUCCCAGACGGUCCAGCGCUUCCUCCCUCAUCGCUGAACCGAGCAAUAAGCGUUUGACCAACGCGGCUGGCAGCUCCCCCGGCGCACGCGGGGCUCGGGCCGCCAGCGCAGCAGUGGCGCGGCAAGGCCCCUGGACGCAGGCAGUGUCCAGCCAUGUAUGGCCGCUGGGCGCCCGGCUGGGCUCGAGGCGCUACCGCGCCGCGGUGCCAGGGGGGCGAAGCUGGCCGUGCCCAAACGAGCGUCCCCCCGCCGGGCCCUAGGACGGCAGCCAUCUCGGGGUCUCGUUCGCGGGGCAGAGCUCAUCAGUGCUCGCUCCCGCUGGCCAGGGGCGGCCGCAGGUGCCCUGACCGGGGCGAGAGGCGACUCGAAAGGCGCAGCUCAGGCGGCCUGACUGACUCCCCCCUCCCCGCCCGAUGACGUGUUUGCGUCUCUGCACAGCACAAGAGUCGCUGUUCGUAAGGCAGCGCAACUCGAUCACGCGACGCCUCCACUCUGAGCGUCGUACGCCUCAACGGCGGUGGGAGAGAGAAAAGAUUGCGCGCGCCCUCUCUCUGCGCAUGCACCAUCAGGGCACGGGCAGGGAGCGCCGGCUGCGCCGGAAGGGUGGAGGUUAAUGGCUCUUAUCGUCAUCGAUUAUGCGCCCCAGAUCCAACCAAGCCCCUGCCUCGCCCACUGCGACGGCGCAUGCGCAUGUUGGGGGAAGGCGGGCGGAAGAAGGUGGCCCCGGUCACCCGAGCUGGUGACGUUUGUUUGUUGUUAGUGGCUCCGCGGGUGCGGAACUGUCCCCUUCCUCGCGCGCAGGCGCAGUGCUCUGCCGUUCCUCACUGGCCCGAGCGGAGGCGGCCUCGGUUCGCGAGCGGAGCGCUGGCUGCUCCCCCUCCUCGGCGGCCCCAUGGCGGUGAACUACAGCGCGAAGGAGGAGGCGGACGGGCAUACGUCGGGAGUGGGGGCCGCGGGCGGCGGGGCCGCCGGCGGGGCGGGGAAGAGCCGCAAGCCGGAUAACACGGCAUUCAAGCAGCAGCGGCUGCCGGCCUGGCAGCCCAUCCUGACCGCGGGCACCGUGCUGCCCGCCUUCUUCAUCAUCGGCCUCAUCUUCAUCCCCAUCGGCAUCGGCAUCUUCGUCACCUCCAACAACAUCCGCGAGUACGAGAUUGAUUACACAGGAACUGACUCUUCUAGUCCCUGCAAUAAAUGUUUGAACGUGUCCUGGAAUAGCACACCACCUUGUACUUGCACCAUUGACUUUAUACUGGAUCAUCCCUUUGAGACCAAUGUGUUUAUGUAUUAUGGACUGUCCAACUUCUAUCAAAACCAUCGUCGUUAUGUGAAGUCUCGGGAUGACAGCCAACUAAAUGGCGAUAAUAGUUCUUUAUUUAAUCCCAGUAAGGAGUGUGAGCCUUACCGCACGAGUGAGGGUAAACCCAUUGCUCCUUGUGGAGCUAUUGCCAACAGUAUGUUUAAUGAUACAUUGGCAUUGUUUCAUGUUAUUAAUGAAACAAGGAUCCCUAUUACUUUGAAUAAAAAAGGUAUUGCUUGGUGGACAGAUAAAAACGUUAAAUUCAGGAAUCCUUCUGGAAAUGCAAAUAAUUUGACAGCACUUUUCCAAGGCACAACAAAGCCUGUGAACUGGCCCAAACCAGUGUAUAUGCUGGAUUCAGAAUCAGACAACAAUGGGUUCAUUAAUGAAGACUUUAUUGUGUGGAUGCGUACUGCAGCAUUGCCUACAUUUCGUAAACUAUAUCGCUUGAUUGAGAGAAAGAAUAACUUGCAGCCUACCUUACAAGCUGGAAAGUACUCUUUGGAGAUCACAUACAAUUACCCUGUGUACAGUUUCGAUGGACGGAAGCGGAUGAUCCUGAGCACCAUAUCGUGGAUGGGAGGCAAAAAUCCAUUUCUCGGAAUUGCUUACAUCACUGUGGGAUCCAUAUGCUUCUUUCUAGGAGUUGUGCUGCUAGUCAUUCAUCACAAAUAUGGAAAUCGAAACAAUAGUGCGGACAUUCCCAAUUAAUUUUGCAUUCUGAAAACAAAUGUACUGCAUGUGCAUCAAGGCCAGUCCAGAGUGGACCCAGUUUUUGAUAGCUUAAUCUGCUCAUAUUGCUUCUGAAGCUGGGUGCAAAACUCUCUCUAAAGCCUUUCUUCCCCUUGCUGUGGAUUGACUUUUGAAAAUGACGGGUAUUUAAUUAGCUCUACUGAUUGUAUCUAUGCUAAUUGCAUAAAUGGUUUUCUGACGUUUGCCUCUUCCUAGGCAGGCUAUAUGAUGCAUAUAGCCCCUAUUCCCUUAAUGCAUCUGCUGCUUGUUUCUGUGCUAUGUAAUAUAUCCAUAUGAUACUGUAUGUAUAGGUUGUGUGGAGAAAGGAGACUGUUUUAGGAUAUAGUAUAACUUGUUAACCAUUCACAAUGUCAGUGCUAUUGAAAGGAAAAAUAAGUCUUUAGUGUUUGUUCAUGUCACUGUAUUGUGUGCAUAGGCUUUAUGUUCUUUGCUGAGAUGUUUAAUAUAUUAAAGUUAUAAAAUAUUUCCUUUGUCAAGUGUAAGUGUGUUACACAUUAAAUCUUCAUAAAGUGCUGUUAUAAAUUCACAUAACUCUGUAUUUUAGAUAUCAGAUAUGCCUGGCAUGGGAACUAACAUCCACUGAAAAUGUCAGGAGAUGUGUCAACUGACUGUAUGGGUGAAUUUCCAAGUCUAGUUUCAACUUGAAAACAGUUGUUGAGAUAAAAAAGCAACUUCGUUCUGAAUAUUUCUUUUGCUUGAAGUCAUAUUUAGAACAGUUUACCCAUUGUACUUGUGAUCUUGCUCUUCAUGAGCAGCUUGAAGGUAUUAAUCAAGAAAAAAUGAAGGAGUUCUUUCCAAUCAUAAAUCUGGGUGGAAUAACUAUCUUGCCGGUGGAGGAACUUCCUUGUUCUGCUCUCGAUAGAAACAGGGUUUAGAUGUUCAGAGCAGGCUUUGUUAUAGUAAAUCUAAUGUAAUAUUUGGUUCCCUCAUUAUUUGGAAAAAAUAAAACUGAAAUUUAAUUUUGAAGGUAAGUGUUCAAAUCCUAAACUGAAAGAAUUCAUAGUUCUUGAAAUGACUCCCUUUUCUUUCUACAUAGAUUGAGCUUGCCAUGAAAGUCAUUUAAAUGUCUGUUACAGGUAGUGUACGCUAUUCCCUCUAAUCUCAAUAUUAAAACCAGUUUCACUUUUUUUGGUUCAUUCAAAGCUAACUGUAAAUUGUAAGCUACUGCAUUCUAGUAAUUUUAGAUAAUGCACAUUAUACAUUUAAAUGGCAGAGGUUACUUUACAUGUAACUGGCUUGAUAAAGUAUCUGAAUAUUCAAUAUUGAAUAAAUGCUGCAAAUUAUUUAUGUUGAAACUUUUGUCCUUAAACUUUUUUUUGCCUGGAUUAAUAUGUAUUGUAUUCUGCUGAAUCAGAUGUACAGUUUCAAUGCAGUUUAGCCACGUUUUAGUAUUUCUGAAAUCAUAUACACUUGUGGCAAAAAAACUUUGUUCAUGUUUUAGUAGCUUAACUUUUAGUCAGUUUCUGAAAUAUACUGUAUUAGUAUAUCAGUUUGAGGAGAUCUCUGACCAUUUUUUACUGAAUUGCUUGUUUCCUUGUGUAGUAUUUCAAGUUAGCAGUGAAAAUAGUUCCUUUGUAUACCAUGUGAAAUGAGGUUAAACUAAUGAUUUAGAUAGUUUGUUCACUGAUAACAUACCAACUAACAUUUAUUUUAUGUACUUGACUGCACCAUAGAAUGUGGCAGUGCAACACAUGAUGAUUUUAUGUCCAAAAGAACAGUUUACUAUUUUUUGAAAGAGUUGGUUUCAUAAAUGUCAUUGUCAUUACAGAAUUGGGGCAUACAACUUUGAUUAAUAUCUCCACACAGCAUAAUAGAAAAGCUGCACAAAAGAUGUUAGGUUAAAAAAAUAACUUUCAACUAUAGAGUAGUUGCUAGAUCUUAUUCAUUGAACUAGUAAGGGCACUUCUCUCAAUUGCUGGUUAUUUAAAUAUUUUGAUUUUUAUAAAUGUGUUUUUUUUGGCUGGUAUUUGUCAACUCAAUAAAGGUAAACUGAAUAUA